GCGGCCCAACAUGGAGCRCGGCGGCGGCGGGGACCCGCUCCCGAGGCUGCGGCGCUCGGGGCGCCACGGGCCGGAGUCCCCGGACCCGCAGCAGCCGCAGCCGCCUGCCCGGGGCGGUGGGAUGGCCGAAGAGUCUACAGCUGUGGAGAAGACGAUGAGGCCUCUUACCAGGCUGAAUAUUCAUUCUGCAUUCUGGAUUUUGGCAUCAAUAGUUGUGACAUACUACUUUGAUUUUUUAAAAAAUAUUAAAGAAACUAUGCAAACWGAUAGUUGGUGGCUUGCCGGUGGUGCUUGUUUGUUGAGUGCCUGUUUAUCUGUUGCCUUUUACUGCAUACUGUAUCUUGAGUGGUACUGUGGAAUUCAGGAUUAUGAUGAACAGUACCCAGCACUGAUUCCCAUCACAACAGCUACCUUUAUAGCAGCAGCAGUUUGUUUCAAUGUUGCCUUGUGGCCUGUCUGGUCAUUUUUUACACCUGUGUUGCUCUUCAUUCAGUUCAUGGGUGUUGUGAUGCUUGUGUCACUCCUGGGAUAAGCCCUUCAGCUUCAUGUGAAGGRCUCAAGUAACUGUAAUCCUGCAAAGUGUAUGUCACUUUUGUUACAUUCCAGUACUUCUAUUGUUUUUAAUGCUGCCAGUUUGUUCUGACUGAUACAGUAAUUCUUAAUCUACUUGAUUUAAAAAUCAAUGGACAUAACCAUAGGAAAAAGCAACUGAUUAGUGAAUAAUUAAAAAAUAAAUAGGUUUUACAUCUCUUAGUAAUGUGAGACCUUACAUUUUGUAAAGCUUUGUAAAGCUUUCUAUUUGUAUUUGAAUAUUAAGCACAUGGGUGGUAAGUAAGACCAACAUAGAAUAGUUAGUGUUGGAAGAGACCUUUAAAUAUUAUCUUUGGAGGCCUCAGAGGUUACCUAGUACAACUUCCUGCUCAAAUCAUGUUGUUUGAUUUGGAAGUAAUUGAUACUUAAAUCAAGUGUUGUGGGGUUUUAAUACUAUAUUCUUUCCAUUUAAAUUGACAGGUAAAAUACUGUUAUCUGGAACCUGUGUUUGUACUUGCAAACUUACUUAUAGGAGAGAUUUCUCGGUCUGUUAAAUUUCUAAUGUUAUAUGUGUUACCAUGUAAGAAAUACUUUAUUACCUAAUGUCUUGAAUUCAGAUGUGCUAAUGUUAAAAAAAGUAUGAAUAGGGGUAAGGGAAAGCUGGUUGACAGUUGACAGUGCCAUCAGCGAAGUAAAUUCUACUUUUGCUCAUGCAGUUUGUCCACAACCAAAGGUGGAAAAUCAAGCUGUGAAUAACCAGCAAUACAAUGAACAAUAUUAACAUUACWUAAUAAAUUUGGAGCACACAAUAAAUUUUUCUGAUGUAUGCACUGUUUUUCAGUGUUCAGGUUGUUUUUUCUUCUGUAAAUUAACUUUUCAUUCUUAGCAGUGCCUGUUAAUGAAGUUGCCAUUUUCCUUCCUCAGCAAUGAAGAGGCUGAUACUAACUUAAAAACUACUAGCUAUACUCAGUUGGGAAAAUAAAAUAACAUUUUAUUUUUAUUAGGCAUCUGUUCUUGUUGACUGAAAUACUUAACURUCUGAAGACCUGGGCACUAUCUAGCUGCUAGACCACUUUAUGUAAAUUCUUGCGUACAUACAUUCCCACCCAUGCCUUUUGAAAAAUAGGAGAAUGUAGAAAUUGGAUAUUGAAACUUGCUAAAAUCUUCUCUUUAUGACUGUUGCUAAAGUCUGCACUGUCAGAGGAUGCUGUGUUCUUCAUUCUGAUUUCCAAAUUCACAUCAUUGCUGAACACAUGGAAUGUUUUGUGAUAAAAAAGAUGCACAUUGUCUUUGGCUGCUACUGUUCCAUUGAGGAAAAAAGUUGCAUCCUAAUAGUGUGUGAUACAAAGAAUCAGACAAACCAAAAUCAAUUGCUUUCACCACUACUUGAAGUAUUUUGUGGAGUAAGUUAACAGCUUCAUUUGUUUAAAUGUAAUAUUUAAGUGUGCCAAAACCAGUUGUGCUUCAUAUCUUGAAAAUGUAAGUUGCUUAACUUCAGCUCUUCUUUUAAAAAGUUUWAACAAUUUUAUGUCUUUAAAUUAAAUUUAAAUGUACCCGUUGUGUCAACAGGUACAUUUGAGUAAUUUUGUUUAWUAUAAUAUUUAAAAUGCAGUUUAAAAUUGCUCAGGGAUAGUUAUUAUASCUGUGUUUUAAUUUGUCAACUAUAUAAAUGCUCUAGGUGUUUUAAGUUGCCUUGUGAUCUGGAAUUAAAAUAACUAUUUGCUACAUGAUUUUUCAAAUUCAUUCUUUUGAACAUCUUAAUAAACUUUUUACA